AUGCCGUGGCUCAAUGAUGCUCUUGGCAAAGUCCGCGAGCAGAGCAGUUCGCUGGUCGCCACAGCGAAGGAGCAGGUGAAGCAGCGGAUUCUCGGCUCUGACGGGGAUGAACAGCUCGAGGCGCAAGCGCGAGCAGCUGCUGGAGGUGCCGUCGGUGCCGUGGAUCAGCUCUGCCAGGCAUGGUGUCGUCAACUGGGCACUGCGAGCCUCUCAAGCGAUGUCGGCUUGGCGAGAGAUGUGUUUUGGCAAUCCCUGCUCCGAUGCCACGCCGCUGAAGAGCUGCUGAAGAGCGUCGGCCAGCAAACUGGUAGCCAGCAAACCGGGGUGCCAGACAGCAGAUCCGUUCGCCUUCUGGUGGCUCGAGUCCUCCCAGACGAUCAUGCGGCACUGGGCCAAGAACUCGUCACCUUACUCUCAGGUGAGCGCGGUGACCUGAGCACCGAGCAGCACAGCAACUUCGCGGCAAAGUUGCUCUCCGCCGGGAAGGUUGACUGGCGGACAGAGGCGGACUUCGCCCAGCGAUCUGAGCUGAACAGGAUGGCCGAGCAACGAACGAAGGAGUUGCAGCAAUUGGGGUCUGCCCCGAGCGACCUGGACAGGUCCACCAGACGUGUUCGUGCAUCUGCAGAACUCUUGGGUCUGUGCGACGCGAUCCACCAAUCUCUGCUGGAGGCACAAUCCCAGGUCGCGGCGAGUGCACAGGAACGUAGCCAGCAGCUUCAGAGCAUCUUGCAUGACAUCGAGGUCUACGCCAGCUCCUUCAGCCAAGGAGAAGGUGUUGGGCAACGGCAGCAGCGAUUGCAGCAAGAACUUCGGGAGGCACACGAUUCUCUUGCCAAAGACCUCGCCGUGGUCGAUGAGAAGCGGGCAAGUUCAGAUGCACAGAUUGAGUCUCUGGAGACCAAGAAGCUACAACUUCGACAGCAGCUGCACGCCGUCGACGAAAAGCUCCAUGCUGCGCGUGAAGGACAGCGGAGUUGGCUUGCGCAAAAAGAUCGUCAUCGCCGAGCUGUCGAAGACGUGGAAGCCACUUUUCGCAAGAACCUCAAGGAGAUCGAGGAGCAAGGCCUAGCUGCCAGGAAGGAGCGGGCAGCUGCAGAGAAGGUGAAAGAAGCUGCUGCUGAGACAGAGGUGCUAGCAGUUCGGGCUCUGUCUGGGGCUUCCGAGGAUCUCAGCUCCAAGGCAGCGCAGUUUGACAGCCACUUGCUGAAUGUUUUGCUGGAGCAUCUAGGACUUGAGGAGAGACGCAUUCAGCUGCUCGACCACGAGUCGAACCGAUGCGCAGAGAUCAUGAAGAAGCACCAAGCUGAAAUCGAUCUGAUGAGUGUCAUGGACCGUCCGCUGAACAGCGUGCUGGAUGCUGCAGAGCAUAGGCACUUGUGCCAAACCUCCCUCGCAGCAGAGGCAGCUCUCAAGGCAUGUGCCGCAUUCGCCAGGGACUUCGGACCCUUCCUCAGCAAGCAACCCGAAGCGCCGGCACGUUUGCGAAAGCUUGAGGCAGAUCAUGCAGAAGUGAUUCGCAAGCUGGCACCCUGCCGUGCACUUCCUGGUGUGUCCUCGGCACAGUCGCCGCAGCAGCAGGCGCCCCUGCAACUUCCACAGCAGUCUCCAAAGCAGCUUCCACAGCAGCCGCCACAGCAGCCGCAGCCACAGCAGCCGCCGCCCGACCCACGGCCGAAGCCAGCAUCUCAAUCGCCACAUCGGCAGCAGCAGGAGGCGGCGCAGCCAGCACAGAAGGAACCGCCCGCGCAGAGAUCGCAGCAAGAGCAGCUACAUCAGGACCAAUCAGACGAGCAGCCAGCAGCGGCACAGCCGCAGGAGUCCCAGAUUUCUGGACAAGGCGAGCAGCUGCCGGCCCGGCACGCGCAGCCUCUUCAGGAGAACAAGAGCCCGUCAGAGUUGGGGGCGGAACAGCCUCCACCAGCGGCAGAUACAAUUGGUGGAACUGUGCGAACCGCAGCUCCGGAAUCUGUCGAAGGGGAUACUGGACCGGCACCCUGA